GUGAAUGACAAACGAAGAACGGCAUAUGAAAUAAAACUUCAGUUUUGGAGCGGUUGGAACGUCUACGGCUAGAAAUUUCAAAUUGUGUUUUAUCAUCUAGUGUUGUGCGUUGCGCCUAGCCGUUUACACUGCAUGCUCAUUUUCGUUGUCUUUGUCCAUUCUCAGUUUCGGACUCUCAUUUCUUAAUCUCAACAUGUCUGCAAAGAAACCCAAAGGUCCUGCCAAAGUGCAGAAGAACCAGUACAUGCAGGUGUUUGUGCGGUGCAGGCCUCCAAAUGACAAUGAAGUUAAUCAACGUUAUAACUCGUCAGUUGACAUUCAGGGACAGAAAGACAUAUCUGUUCAAGACCGAUGCAAUUCCAAAAUUACCAAAACUUUCUCCUUCGAUAAAGUUUUUGAGCCCUCUGCUACCCAGACUGAUGUCUAUCAGGCUGUUGUUGAUCCUCUCAUCAAAGAUGUUCUAAAUGGAUUCAAUUGUACUGUGUUUGCUUAUGGCCAAACUGGUAGUGGAAAAACAUUCACCAUGGAGGGAGAUAUUGGCUCAGAUAAAAUGUUUGCUGCAGACUCAAGGGCAGGUUUGAUUCCAAGGGCUGUAUGUGCUCUCUUUGAUGAGUUAAGAGUCCUUCAAGUGGAAUACACUGUCCGUAUUUCUUUGUUGGAGCUUUACAAUGAAGAGCUGUAUGAUCUCCUUUCUCCUGAUGAAGUCCCACCGAAACUCAGACUGUUCGAUGACGUUGCUAAGAAAGGUUCCGUCAUCAUUCAAGGUUUGCAAGAGGUGAUGGUACACAAUCAGUCACAAGUUCUUGAUGAACUUCGCAAAGGCUCUGCUAAAAGGCAGGUUGCUGCGACUCUGAUGAAUGCUCAAUCAAGUCGGUCUCACACAAUAUUUUGUGUCACUGUUCAUUCUAAAGAAAACCCAGUUGAUGGAGAGGAACUUCUGAAGACAGGAAAACUCAACCUUGUUGAUUUGGCUGGAAGUGAAAAUAUUGGAAGAUCAGGUUCCCUCGACAAACGAGCACGUGAAGCUGCUAGCAUCAACCAGUCAUUGCUAACUCUGAGUAGGGUUACUGCGUGCUUGGUGGAGCAUCAGCCUCACGUCCCGUAUCGCGAGUCAAAGUUGACAAGACUCCUUCAGGACUCAUUGGGUGGACGUACCAAGGCGUCUUUGAUAGCUACUAUCUCCCCUGCUUCCUCCAAUGCUGAAGAGACUUUGAGCACUCUUGAUUAUGCUCAUAGAGCAAAGAGUGUAGCCAACAGACCCGAAGUGAACCAAAAAAUAUCUCAAACUGUUGUAAUGAAGGAAUACAUGGAUGUCAUUCAGGAUCUGAAAAAGAAACUUGAAUUGACGCGGAAUGGAUCUGGUGUUUAUGUGAAUGAUGAAAACUACAAGCAGAUCGUUGCUCAGACUCAAGAAAAAAAUAAGGAGAUAACUGACUUGAUUUCUAAAAUUCGUUCUGUGGGUCUACUGAAAAAAACAACUGAGGAAACCUACCUUGCUUUCACUAAAAUGCAUGAGAAUGAACUGAAAAAUUUAGAACAUGUGGACAAUGCCAUUGCUCAAAACACUGAAGAAAUUGGUUUUGCCAGUCAAACCCUUACAAAAGUUAAGUGUGAAAAAGAUGAAGCAGAGAACCUGCUUGGCAACCUAGUAGACAAAGAGAAUGAACUGCUGAGGCAGGCUGAGCAGCUCACAAAUGUCGUUGAUGUAACUCAAUCAGAUAGCUGUAAGAUCCAUGAUAAAUUAGAAUUUUCACGGGUUGUUUUGGUGGAAAAUGAGGCAGUCUUGAAGAAAAUAAGGGAAAGAGGCAAUUUUCACCGAAUGGCUACUCUACGAUUGUGGUCCUCCAUCGUCGCAAAUUCAUCAAAGCUGGAAGAACUUGAGAAUGCCAUAGACUCUCUUCCAGUAACAUACAGGAGUCAACUUGCCGUGGUGAGAGACUCUAUUCAGAAGUAUAAGGAUAAGACCAGGGAGACUACCAAGGAAUUAAACCAUCAUUUAGACAAAGCGAAAGAAAUUCAGAACAGAAGCAAUCAAAAGUCCAAUGAAGAUCUAGUCAGGUUGUAUCUUAAUCUGGUUAAAACUGUGGAAAGUACUGAGAAAAUACUCCGAGCUGUUUGUGAUGACUUUAAGAACUUGAUCUCAAAUCUUCCGAGCCAAACCUCAUCUUGUGUGGAUUUUCUGAAUGAAAGUGUUCUCAAAUUGAAAGAGGUGUCAAAGAGCCAAGUAACUGAAAUGGCAGAGCAUUUUGAUAAAAUUUGUCUGGAGACUGAUUCAAACAUUGAAACUGUUUGCAAGUUGAUGAAUAACCUGCUGGCCUCACAAAAAAAGCCCAUAAGCAAAAUUACUAAUAGGGUUGAGUCAAUGAUAGAAAGGGUGAACAGAAUUCGUUCAAUUUGCCUGGAAGAGCAUGAAGAAACUACAGCUCACAAGGUGGACUUGUUAAAGUGUAAAGAAGAAAUUGCAAGAAAAACAAGUCUUGUUUUGGAGCAUUCAAGUGCUGCAGUAGAAUUUCUUCAACAGCAGCAAAAUGAUGUUGCAACUAACUGUAAGAACAUGGAUGCUGUGUUCCGUGAUAGCAAUAAACCACUACUCCAGGGAUACCAAGACUUUGCCACCUCUAUGAACAACACUGUUUCCAAGAGUGUGGAGACUGUGGAGAAAGCUGAGGAAGAAAUAACUAAACUUCUUUCAUGUGACCAUCUUACCCCAUGGAAAGAAGCAGUGUCAGAGAUUAUGGACAGUAGAUCUGAAUGCCUUCAAUAUAUCAACAAACCACUCGUUGGUUGGAAGGACGUGGCCCAAGAGACUGAGCAGCUGGAUCACAAUUUGUCCUUGGAAUUCAAGGGGCUCGAAAAUAUAAACCAUGACUAUGUAGUAAAAGGAAAUGAAGUUCUUGGUAUGUUCCUAAAAGGUGCUCAAUCAGCAAGUUCUGAGAUCUUAGAGCAGCUUGAAAACGGCAAGUCUGUUGUGAACCAGCUGUUGUCUGAAGAGAUUAAACAUGAUGUGCCCACUGGCCGAACUCCCAUCAGAAAAUCUUAUGGUCCUAUUCCUGAACCCACUGGCUUGCCAUCCCCUAUUACUCGUAAAAUCAAUCCAAGAAUUCAGAAAGCAGCAUGGACCAAACAUAUGCGUAGUCCCAGGAAACCACUGCUUUCUACACAGAGUCUGCAAGAUGUUGAGGACUGCAACGCCUCUGACUCUGAAGUAACAAUCAUCAAAAGGAAGCCUUUAGAGACUAAUGUACUUCAGAAGGCGUCGUCCCUUUGUGAUCUCCGGUCGCAUGCUGUCUUCCAACGGCCUAGGAUCCCUAAAAAGUUAAACCGAAGCAGAAAAGUAUUGUGAAAUUAAAAUGAGUUUUAUUGUAUAUUGUUGCUUUUGCAACCCAUUUGCUGGUAAAUGUAUUGAUCCUUUUUUUUAAAUACGUAAGGUUUUGUAGAUUUUAUAUUUUUAAGUUUAUUGUACACCGAGUUUUUUAUGUACUUCAUGACGAUGAAAGAUUAAGAUGAAAUCAAUUGUGCUUGACCUGUUAAUAAAUUUGUAAAUAAUACUGCA